GUCGCUGAGGGCGGACGGCGUCGGGCGCGCUGGGCUGUGCGGCCGUCGCUGCCUGGCACGCGGGGCGCGCCUUGACCCUUCCUGCACUGCAGGCUUCCGACGCGCGCGAAGACCGCGGCUGCGCGGGCGUGAGCUCGCUCCGAUCCGACCUGGCUCUGCCUUGAGGAACGGCGGCUUGCGAAGAAGCGUCUCCCCCCCGGAGUGGGCCGAGGGCUGUGUGGACCUCCGGCCUCUCUGCAACGAGCUGCGGUUCCUAUUGAAAUAAGCAUUCUGACAAACUGCUGAAGAGAGCGCCUUGAUAGACUAGGAUAUUUUAAAGAACUGUUGAAGACGAAGGUUUUUAUUUUUGUACGUUUUUUUAAUGGCUUUACACAAUAUUAAAUAGAAUACACUUUGACAUGACGACAAAAAAUAUCUAAACAGUAUGUGGAAGGAAAUGGGAUGUAAAGUGUGAGGCCUGGGCCAGGAGCCUCUCCUAUUAAGUCUCGUACCAGAAUUACACAGGAUACAGGAUGGACCCUUUUGCAAAGGGAGUGAGAUAAGGUUGGUUUGACAUCCACAAAUGCAGAACUGAGGGGCUUUAUAGAUCAGAAUUUCAGUCCAACAAAAGGUAACAUUUCACUUGUGGCCUUUCCAGUUUCAAGCACCAACUCACCAACAAAGAUUUUACCGAAAACCUUAGGGCCAGUAAAUGUGAAUGUUGGACCCCAAAUGGAAGUCUUUAAGGUAUUAUAAGCAUGGCGUUUCCUCUGGUCAGUUGAAGACUGUCAAUCAUCUGCAGAUACCAAGUAAAAGAUAAAACAAUUUACUGUCUCUCUGGCUCUAAGGAGAUGGCAGUGUUGAGGGAAGUUGUGAGUCCUGGUGCCCAGAAGUCAAGCUUAGCACAGUUUAUAUCCUCCACAUUGCCUCUGGCUUUACGGAUCUGUCACCAUGAAGAUUAUAAGCACACCACAGAGAAUUACCAAUUCAGGAAGUGUUCUGAUUGGGAGUCCAUAUACCCCUGCACCAGCAAUGGUCACUCAGACUCACAUAGCUGAGGCUGCUGGCUGGGUUCCCAGUGAUAGAAAACGAGCUAGAGAAUUUAUAGACUCCGAUUUUUCAGAAAGUAAACGAAGCAAAAAAGGGGACAAAAAUGGGAAAGGCUUGAGACAUUUUUCAAUGAAGGUGUGUGAGAAAGUUCAACGGAAAGGCACAACAUCAUACAAUGAAGUAGCUGAUGAACUGGUGUCUGAGUUUACCAAUGCGAGUAACCAUCUGGCAGCUGACUCGCAGGCUUAUGAUCAGAAGAACAUUAGACGAAGAGUUUAUGAUGCUCUGAAUGUGCUAAUGGCAAUGAACAUAAUUUCAAAGGAGAAAAAAGAAAUCAAGUGGAUUGGGCUGCCUACCAACUCCGCCCAGGAGUGCCAGAACCUGGAAAUAGAGAAGCAAAGGCGGAUAGAACGGAUAAAGCAGAAGCGGGCCCAGCUACAAGAACUUCUCCUUCAGCAAAUUGCUUUUAAAAACCUGGUACAGAGAAAUCGACAAAAUGAACAACAAAACCAGGGCCCUCCAGCUGUGAAUUCCACCAUUCAGCUGCCAUUUAUAGUCAUUAAUACAAGCAGGAAAACAGUCAUAGACUGCAGCAUCUCCAGUGACAAGUUUGAAUACCUCUUUAAUUUUGAUAACACCUUUGAGAUCCAUGAUGACAUAGAGGUACUGAAGCGGAUGGGAAUGUCCUUUGGUCUGGAGUCAGGCAAAUGCUCUCUGGAGGAUCUGAAAAUCGCAAAAUCCCUGGUUCCAAAAGCUUUAGAAGGCUAUAUCACAGACGUCUCUACAGGACCUUCUUGGUUAAAUCAGGGACUACUUUUGAACUCUACCCAAUCAGUUUCAAAUUUAGACCCGACCACCGGUGCCACUGUACCCCAAUCAAGUGUAAACCAAGGGUUGUGCUUGGAUGCUGAAGUGGCCUUAGCAACUGGGCAGUUCCUUGCCCCAAACAGUCACCAGUCCAGCACUGCAGCCUCUCAGUUUUCGGAGUCCCGAGGUGAGACCCCCUGUUCAUUCAACGAUGAAGAGGAGGAAGAUGAAGAGGAGGACCCCUCCUCCCCUGAAUAAAGACAGGAGAGAACUCAUGUUUAAUAUUUGAUGCUCAUGUGUGUCUUUAGUGUGAGCUCUUGUGUUUUGAAAUGAUUGCUUCAGUCUUUGCCUUUGUUUGCAUUUGUGUUUAGUGAAAACUAGAGAAACACAAUAAGCAAAUUACACGCAGGCUGAGAUGAUUGAGAUGACAGUUCCCAUAGUGUGGAUGAAGCGGAGCUGCAGAGCUGUGGACAUCGCCAACAGAGCAAGCUUUCUGAGGAGGUAGAGGCCGAUCUGAAGAGCAGUGCGGUGAAGUUCAUUUGUUUUCAGGGAGGUGGGGAUUAAAGGCCCACAGUGUGAGCAUUUAGACCUCAGGUGGCUGCAAGGAGCAGUAUGCAGUGAUGACAGCUUCUCCCUCGCCUGCCCGCCCACUGUCCUUGGUAGGCAAGAGUGAACUUGGAAGUCACAGUGGGGGUCUGUUGUCGCCUGCGCGGAGCGGUGAACUGCUGAGCUGGUCCAGGUUUAGCUGAGCGCCUCUUGCAUCUGCUGCCUUAGCUUCUGAAGGGAGCAAGCGCUAAUCUUUAAGUACCUAGGUGACACGUAGGAAAUUUUACACUAAACUGAGGUGAGCAUCUGUCAGUGCGUUGGUGCAUAGGAGUUACUAGGACUACUUCUGGAAGCCAAAGUAGAAUAGCAUUUCCAUGUGCAUUAAAAACUUCGCCAGCACUGCCUUUUGCCAGCAUUCUAAGUUUGGAGUUUUACUGAGAGAGAAACUGUUUUUAUAGUUUUAAUCAAAGCUAUGCAUUCAUACAGCUUUUUAAUUUACAAUGAGACAAAGAAAUCAAUUCCUUUGACCAAAUUGCUUGUCUACAGUUGUCUGCAGUACUGUGUGAUUUUACCCAUGUGCAAUUUGUAAAAAUGAACCAAAUGUCAUUACUUUUGUCUUUAUUUCAAGAAUAUGGCCAUCAUUGUUAUCUUAUACAUCUUAUCUUUUCCAUAUUUUAAUUAUCAAAAUGACCUUACAGAUUUAUUCCUGGGUAAAUUGCAUUUCAAACUAACUCAAUAUUCAUACUUUUGUUAAAACCGUGAACACUCCAGCUGCCUGCAUCCAUGCCAGUGUGGCAUGUCAUAUGUGAUCUUAAAGCCAAAGAUGCCGUGAAAAUCCCGCGGUAUGUGUGUGAUUGCUGCUUCUCCACGUAGAGGAGCAUGAGACAUCCACUGCCAAGCCACACUCAACUUACUAAUCCGUUAAGGCCUGAAAGGGGGCAGAGAGUGGCUGCAGACUCAGUUCCACGACCAGGUAAAGCCAGGGCCGUCUGAAUCUGCUCUCUGUGAGCCCUGCACCAAGUUCAGUCCAAAUGCUCUUUUCAGUCCUGUGGUUCGGGGAGCACAGGCUCUAUUCCAUGAUGCCUUUCUGAGACUUGACCAUUAUGAGCUGAGCAAAAAGCUUUGGCUGGCUUACAUAGGUUAUUGAGGCCAUUAACACUGAUAAGUAUGAGUAUACAGAUGUGGCUUAGGUUUCUUCAGGAGCAAACUCAUUCUGUCAGGAGGAAACUGUAGAACGAGCCCAGAGUGUUCAAGGGGCAUAACGGUCCUGGCAGGUUUCAAAGGGCUUUGUGUUGACAUGAGUUCUAGAACACAUUCAGGCUCUCAGAGCAAAGUGACUCAGAAUGCAACAGGAGCUACCUCCUGUUAUCAUUGUCGGCCUUUGGGAACGUAGGAAGACAUGGAGAUUAGAGACAUCAAGGGCCACAAAAUGCUUUUUCAGUCUUCAAAAUACUGAGCUACUGGUCCUAAGAUGUUUCAGAACUUAAAGCAAAUGCAUGUGUUACACCCAUCCCACUUACUAGACUGCAAAAUCCUUGCAGUAAUUUUCAAGGAACUGUUUCCCAUUAUCUGCGCCCCUGCUGCCGUAUGAUUUACAUUGACAAAACUUGGGCUUUAAAUUGGCAGACAUGUUGGGCAUGUUGUGUGGCUCUAAUCCCAGCUUUUGGGAAAUAGAGCAGAAAAGUCAAUCUUGGCUACAUAGUGAGUUCAAGGCCAGCUUGGGCUACAUGUGACCCUGUCCAGGGGAAAGAGCUGGGGAGCUAACCAAAGACUUAAUCUUUGUGUGCCCCACCCCUGAACAUUCUAACUACCACUGCCCUGCACUGCCCAGUGUAACCCUGUUCCUCCUCUGUGAUGUACUGCUGAGGGCAUCUGCAUACUAGACCAAGCCAGGAGUGGUGGUAACACUCGUAAUCCUAGACAGGCAAAAGGUCACCAGAGGCUUGAAGCCAGCCCGGGCUACAUUAGAUUAGCCCUGACAUACACGCACGCAUGCCCCAAAGGUUGAGGUGGGGUGAGAGAGGAGCCUAAAUUGAGAUGUUGAAAAAGAUGAACUCUGAUCUUCAUUCACUAUGUUUAUAUUGCUCUGGGUCCAGCAACACUGAAUCACAGUUUAACACAGAGAUCAAAAUCAAAGGGGCGGGGAGUUAAACUGUGGUCAUAGCAUCUGGGUUUCUUUGUAGGAGGGCACUUAGGUUCCUUGCACAUAGCCAUUCCCUACCCUCAAGGUGCUGGUCACUGCUUAGCGAGGAGCUGAGGCGGAUUUCCCCUCUCAAGGGUCAGUUUGCUAUUUCUCAAGGGUACAGCACCCAUGUCACUCCCCUGAUGACAUGUGCAGCUGCCUGCGCCCUCCAUGUGAAGAACAGGUCCAGCAGGCUACACAGAGGUGCUCAGCCCUCACGCUUAGCACGCUUCCCGUCAUGUGUCCCUGCUGGAAGUCUAGUCGGUCUUUAUAUUUAUUGUGCCUUACAUAGGAAGAAGGGACUGAAUCUUUCCCUAUGAACAGUCAUCCAGAAAACAGGCUGUGGUGGCCACACACUUUGCAUCUUUCUUAUUUGAUUCUUUUAAAGAAGUGUGGGGAGGAAAACCUGUCAUCUUUGUUGUUUUACCAGAAUGAAGACAGCUCCUCCUGUUAGCAAAACCUAUACUUAGAGCAGCAGCAGAACGCUACCCAUUUUAGAAGGUAAUUCCCAGGUCUGUCCUCAGAAAGUUCCCCUUUUGGAUAGUCCAGAUGAAGAAAUGUCUCACUGUAUCCCUUCGUAGAUUCCUAACUCGGCCAUUUCUAAAUCUAAACCGAUAUCUUAAGUCAGAGGCAGUGAAGCUGUUCAAGAACAGUGUGAUUUGUGCCCUGUGACAGUCUGAACAGUGUGUGUGCAUGACAGACAGACAGACAGACUGACUAAGCAGAUGACAGGAAUGGCGUCAGCAGUUUAUGCCGUAACCACGCCCAGAGCAAAAAACCUACUCAGUUUUAUAAGCUCCUUUCCCAACCAAAAUGGGUUGUCCUCAUUCAAAAAACCUGUGACAUAGACCUUAGAAUUUUGCUCCUUUAGUGGUGAGCAUGGGACAUGGUUUGUUUUGGAGCGAGAAUGUUGAAAUGCUGAACUUAGCUAGCUUUAGGACCUGAAAGGCAGGCGGGGACUGCAGCAAGGCCCUGAAGUUCUCAGUGAGUCGCAUUCCCCUGAGCUGAACCUACCCUGCAGGCGGGAGAGCUGAGAUCACAUGAUCUGUAAGCUGCUAAUACAUAAAGAGAGAUAAUGUAUAAGCUCAUGAAUUGAGCGCACGAAGAGUGACCCUCAUGCUGCACAUAGACUUCGUCUUUGUUGGAAGGUGGACUGGAUAGCUAAGAGCUAGCUUCCCAAUGGCAUUCCAAUUUGUGUACGCCUUGGGCCGGUGCCUCUGGGCACUAAUGUUCAUCGAUACACAGUCUCUGAAGACCGGGGCACAUGCCCGGAGCCUGCAGCACGGCACUUAAAUGAGCCUCAGAAAUGUCCCUUCCAGCUCACGAAGUCAGUUCACUCACGCUCUGUUGACCUGUACUUGAGCCCAGCACUGUCAUUCAGAAGGGGAGGCUAAUGUGACAAUUCUUCCUUUAAUUCUUUUUGUUAACGUUAGUGCUAAAAGGCUGUGAUAAGUUAGAACAAGCCUCAGGAAAUAGCCUCUUACCUAUUAGCGGAGUACCUGAAAAAUAUCCAUCUGUAGGGUCCAGUUUUCCUACAUACAUCUUUGAUCACAGUAUGCUAAGGGGAAAAAAUUAGGACACAAAACUGGCAUUUUAUGUUUCCUUGGAGUCCUUGGCAGAUACUGACACUGAUGUGGGUAGCCGUCCCUCACGGUGUCUCGAGAGGAAAGCUACGUGUUUACACUGUCUGUUCUGCGCAGUCUCUCAGCUAAGAUGAUAUCCUGGAUCUUUUUUUAAUGUACAAAACCCUGUAGAACCAGUGCUUUGGCUGCUUUCUAUCCUAGCAGAGAGGACCUUGGUCCUCUCUACUUAGAAAGCUACUUCAGAAGCUAUUGGGAAGUCAAGGUUUGUGUCUUCUCUACUGAGGUCUCAGAAAGGGAGAGAGCAUCUCUGGGAGCCGGGCCUCGGGCAGGAAGUACCCAGAGCCUCAUGUGUGGCCCAGCAGCCUUCGCCUCUAUAGCAGUGAGCUCAACAGUCUGGCCUGCCACCUCCCUCAGGGCAUCAUUGCUUACUGCAAAGCACACCUUCACCAUGCUCCAGCCAGACAGCUCCAGUCUCGCCAACAAGUGCCAAAAGUCUGAGGAACACAGGGGAUCUCUUCUCGAAAGCCCCAUCAAGUAGUGCCAUCUUGGGGCUUCCCAGGACUUCCAGUAUAGGUGGUUACGAUCACAAGAAACCUCCAGGCAAGGGUCCAUUCAGUCUGUACAUUGGUAGGGACACGAGAGGUGGGAUUGCCAUCUGGGCCUCAGUGGCUUGUCUCCAACCAAAUUAUUGGACUUCAGAAGCCAUCCCUCUGCUGUGCUUGACUUCAGACUCAGUUGCUGCACCUUGGUCAUGAUCUGAGUACAAAAGCUGUACCAGUUUCCCAUGCUCAGACCCUCUGUCUGUCUGUCCUCGUGAUACUGAAGUGUCUCCACUCGCCCAGCGGCUUCUCUGUGGAAGUGGCUUCUCUCCAGGCUGCUAAUCUGUUUUUUCCGGGCGGUACUAGGACAGCAUCCUGAGAAACGGGACCAGUUCUCCACCCGCUCUGACUGCUCAGGAGGCCUGGGUCCCGUUUACCCUGUCACUCUUUACUGGAAGGGAGGUUGCUCAGUCACCAGGUCGCUCACUUUCCAUUCAGAGACGCUUUGCUCUGCUUGUGUGCCGCGAGUUUCUGUCUCCAGAAAAGUGUAACUUUGCCCUUUUUCUGCAUGACGCACGUACCCAUGUCGCGCACUAAGUAGUUUAAAUGAGGUAAAGGAAAACGCAGAGCACAUCUUGCUUGCCUCUUAGAGUUUCCUCCCUAAAUUGAAGUCCAUAGGCUAAUAUAUUAUUUUGUAGUAUCUCAGACUUUGCAUAAAUACUAUUAUUUUUGUAUGGAAUUUUUUAUAGAAGAGCUAUUUCUGUAUACUUAUUUGUGGUUUUUGAAAUGCCUUCCAGUAGGUAACCGACAAGUCUUAAGCAGUGUCCACUAAGGGUAGCUCAGGGACCACCUACCCAGAAUAGGCAGGGAAUUUAAAUUUUCUUACUCCCUGUACCCACUCCAGACAGAAGCUCAGGUUGUGUCUAGGAAGCAGUUUUAAUAAGCUCUGAGUGAUUUUCUUCAUCAACCCACACAUAUUUGUCCAUGCUGUAAGAGAAGACAUCUGGAAUGAGUAUGUUGAGCUGGAGAAUAAUUGUAUCAUAUACUCUGUGAUUUGAGAUACAAAAUAAAGAAAUAAUUUAAAAUAA